AUGGCUGCUAGAGGAGGCGCACACUUUGUGAAAUACUUUUUCUAUGCCGGUAACACGAUCAGCCCAGAUCGGAAACGCCAAUUAGUAGCCCUGGCUUAUGCUACUGCGCGGGACCAAAAAUUGGCUCCUAAAGCAGUUCUCAUUCGUUCUGACAUGCACGACACAACCACCAUCGACGGCAAGCAUGCCAAAGAUCCCAAAGGUUGGCAUGGUACCUUCGCCUACAAGGCCGAUGACCAGGAGGAGCGAGAGUUCCAUGUGGCAUCCCAUGGAUACACCAGUGGAAAGGAGGAUUUUACUCUCAAGGAGGCAACCCAUACUCCAGAAAAGCAGGACAGAACUCCUCGGGGUGGGCGGAGAUCUGGAAAGGUUGUUUGGCCAGCUGAGAACCUCCUCGAAGAAUAUGUGGAUAGCCCUAUCGCUUACUCACACCUGCCUCAGCAGAAUUAA